UUGUUUUGUUCCAUGUAACUUUUAUGAAAUGCACUCCCUGUACUUGCUUCCCAAUUCUUAKCAUGCACGUUACAUCCUGUAACAUGUCUGUCUCUUUCGAAGGCGCUGAACGCUUCUGUGACAACAUUGAGGACAUGAUUGGCUAUAGGCCCUCCUCCCUGGUCAAGUAUUGUUGGCUCUACAUUACCCCUACUAUCUGCACAGGAACCUUUGUAUUCUCCCUGCUGAAGUACAGCCCUUUGAAGUUCAACAACACAUAUGUGUACCCGUGGUGGGCCUACUGGCUAGGCUGGUUCCUGGCUAUGUCUUCCCUAUCUCUCAUCCCCAUCACCAUGGUCUACAAAUUGUACCGGGGCAAAGGGACUUUCUGGCAGCGCCUCCAGACAAUCUGUCGGCCAGCAGAUGACCUUCCUAUGAUGAUGAAGGAGGAGAUGGUAGGUCUCUAUGCUCUGGAUCAUGUUACUGACGAUGAGAAGACAUACAGCAAUAAUCUAUAGACUGACUGUUCUACUACUACUUUUCGGGCUGGUUUCCCAGACACAGAUUAAGCCUAGUGGGACUGAGACCAUGCUUUUUCGUCCAGGACUAGGCUUAAUAUGUGUCCGGGAAACAAGCCUUUUUUUUGUCUAUUUUUGUAAUUUAAAAAAAAAAUAUAUAUAU